UUGCAAUGUAGAAAGUUCUCGGAUUUGUUAUAAUUGAAGCUCCAUUAAGAUACGUUGAUAGUACUUUACAUUUUUGAUCAAAGAGAUAUCAAUGUCAAUGUAUGGGAAAUUUUUCUUAAAAUUUGUUCAUGUAUUGUUUUGCUCCAUUUUUCUGUGCAUUUGGUGCAAUAAACCUUUUGAAUGUAUCUUGAAGAAAAAACACGGAUGAUUUAUCCCAAUACAAGUUUCAUCUUUACACUUUGGAAUUUGUCUCUUCCAUCCAAAUCUGGGAAAGGCAUUUUUAUAUGACUCUCACGCACCUGCCCGGACCUGACUCCCCAACAGAAACUCGUCUUUGGAACGCUAGGGUUUUGAUCGCGCGAAUUAGAGCAGGGCAUGGUACAAAGAUUGUGAACGCUGAUGGAAGCCUAGAGGACCAAUCACGGCGACAAGGAGCCAUCGGAAGACUGUGUGAAAAAUGUGAUGGCAAAUGCGUGAUCUGUGACUCCUACGUGCGGCCCUGCACCCUGGUGCGCAUAUGUGAUGAGUGUAACUAUGGCUCCUAUCAGGGGCGCUGUGUGAUCUGUGGAGGCCCCGGAGUCUCCGAUGCAUAUUACUGUAAGGAGUGCACCAUUCAGGAGAAGGAUAGAGAUGGUUGCCCGAAGAUUGUCAAUUUGGGGAGCUCUAAGACAGAUCUCUUCUAUGAACGCAAAAAAUAUGGCUUCAAGAAGAGGUGAUGGGUGGGCAGCCUCUUCCUCCCCCCAUCAAGCUGCUGCAGCUCCCAGAAAAGACACCUGCUGCCAACAGAAAGGGAGUGGAGCACAGUACCACCCAGUUGCCUGUAGUACACUGGCCCCUUUACACCCUUCUGUCCUCUCACCCAGACAGUGUGGUAGGAAUGGAAAAGGAUUCUUCUCCGAGCACUCUGGCAGACCGUAUCGGAGAAAAAACUGAUAGAUUAGUUCAUGGCUUGUCUUGAAUUCAAGAAGCAAGAGUCUGUUUUCCACAUGGAUAAGUUCUCUCGACACCAGGAGCUUCUGAAACAGGAAUAAUACCAUUUCCACCUUCUGAUUGAGGAGUCGACUGACACCACCCACAGUGAGAAACGUGUUCUUACAGCAGCUCUGAUGGCAGCGGCCUUGAUGAAACAUCUGCAGUGUGGUAGGGAGUUCUCAGAACAAUAAAUGUGGGCAUUUAAUCCUGUAACACUUACCAGGUGGUGCUGGUUCAUGUUAUUUUUCUUCUAAGAAAUUGGAAACCCUUUCUGUUGCUAUUGUAUUAAUAAAGCAGGUGUUUAUUUUCUGGUA